AUGAUUCGAUAUUUUUCUCGUUAUGGUUUUCGUAGAUUAAUACAAAUAGUUUUUACCUUUUUAUUUCUUCUUGUUCUAUUUAUUUACAUAUAUCCACAUCAUACUAUAUCAAAAGAUAAAAAAGAAGUUUGGAAGAUUCCACUGUUAUCAUCCGAUAUUCGUACACAUGAUUUUCGUCUUUACCCCAAAUCCCGUUCAUCAAGAGAAUAUAAUGCUCUACAAAUUGAUAAUAUUGCCGAAUCAAUGUUUCUUCUUAACAACAAUGUCGUAGAUGAUGAACAAGAUUAUUCUAAACCAUUAAAAUAUUCGCAAUCGAAAUUUCGUUCUGCAUCAGUACCAAUCAUUUGGCUUGAUAAUGAAGGUGAUCUUCAUUGGAAUCGUGUAGCACAACGUGAAAUGUUAAAUUAUUUAUUAGAAAAACAAUUUCUAAAUCAUAAUAUUUCAUCUUGUUUAUCUCGACCAUUAUUUAUUUUAGAACAAUGGCCUAUGGGACUUUUUAGUCGUUUUCAUUGUUUUAUUGAACAUUUUGGGCAAACUCUGUAUUCACCGCGGAUGACUUUACUAUUACCAAAAGGAUUUUUUGUAGGGUUUGCAUCAGUAGACGAUUUUCAAAAGGAGGGUAUACUUCGUUAUUAUCAGUCCAUUUCAUUAUGUUCAUCGUACUUAAAUCAUCCAGAAUUAAAAACACUUUCUGAUCAUUUACAUACUAUUGGGCAUCGAUCAUCAGAUACAAAAACAGUUACUCAUGUUCAUGAACUACUUGAACAUAAUGAAACAACUAUUAAAUAUAAGUAUAGUAAAGAUAUUUGGAAAUUUGGUUAUGAUCAUGUACCACAUCGACGAUGGUUAUUUGAUAGAAAUAGAGAAAACAUUAAAGAAACAAUUAAUUAUUAUUCACCUGUUGAACUACUUAUUGAUCAUUCAAAUGAACAUAUUUAUUAUCCAAAUAGUCCAACAUUGGACUUAAAGAAAUGGGUUUCAAGAAACUCACCACAAGCAUUUCCAACAGAUGUUUUACAAGGAACAACAACAAACUUAACAAUAUCAGAUCACAUCUUUUCAUCAUUUCUUCGUUAUAUGUUUGUUUUAUUUUUUUCUCAAUUAGCACCACGUAUUCAAACAUCCGCUAAAUUAUUAGCUCAUCAUUGGUCAGAAUAUUUCUCAGACAAAUAUCAUAAACCAUAUAAUGAAGUUUUAUCAAACAUGGCAGCUUUAUAUAUUCGUCGUGGUGACAAAUCAACUGAAGAUUCUUUUUGGCAUAAACAUAAACGAUGGAGAAAUAUUUCAAUGUAUGUUAAAGGUAUUAUUGAUGAAGAAAAACGUCGUGAAAUAAAAUAUACAACAAUAUUUAUAAUGACAGAUGAUAAAAUAGUAAUGAAUUCUAUUCAAGAAUAUUCUAAAGUUGGUUUAACAACUUCAAAUACAGAUGAAUCAUAUGCACGUCAUCAUUUAUAUGGUCGAGAUAUUAUAUAUAAUGUUUUUGCUCCACAAUCUUGUUUAGAUCCAUUUAGUCGUAUUGAUUUUGAUCAGUUUCUAGUCAAUAUACAAUUUAUUAGAAGUCAUGCAUCAUUUGUUGUUGGUCACACGGAUUCGAAUGUUGCAAGAUAUUUAGAAGAAAUUAUUUAUGUUGAUCGACAACAUGAAAGAAAUGUACAAACACGUACAUAUGUUAUCAAUGCACCUGAUACACUUGAUUAG